AUUUCAUUACUUCUUGUUUUAUUUCAAGAUGUCUGCCGACACGUGCAUUUCUUACAAGGCAUUCCUGAUAAAGCCCUUAUUGGUCACGUGAUCAAAACGAUACCAGUGGAGACAGAUGACCAUUGUGAGAUUGCUUGUUACCGCGACCUCAUGUGUCUCUCCUAUAACAUAGCACCCAAACAGGCUCAUGGACAUCAAUGUGAGCUCAGCAAAUCGGAUCACAUCCGAGACCCUGCUGAUUUAGUUCCUAUGGCAGGGUACAUGUACAGACCAACUGAGGUAUACAAUGUAAUGGGCCAUUUCUGAGUUCCAAAACACCUUACCCUCAGAAUGAAACUAAAUUAGCAAAGCUUUUGUCGUGAGAAUGAAGUUUAUUUACAUUAGGAGAAAAUAUGAUUUCCGCUUAAAUGUUUCGAACGAUAAUAGCCUCGUUUCAAAACAAUGUUGGAGAGUAGGAGAAUGGAGACUAAUGUUGACUGAAAAUCUAACUUUACAACUUCAAUUUUGAAAAUGAAGUCUCAUCAGUUUUAAUUUAUGUAAAAUAAAUAUGCCGUGUAGCUACCUUAAAAAAACGAAAUUGCAUAGGGUUUUUACUAAAUUCAGGGAACAAAUUUAUCCCCUUUGGCAAGAUUCUAGUCAGUUAGCAGGUGUCAUCGAUAAGUUUUCGAAAUCUGUGCUGAUGUAUUUAACAAACAAUAUAUCUUUUUGGUCUUUUGGGAUUAAAUGCGACAUACUGUAAUUUCUUUGUAUCGGGCACACUCAGUUAACACUUAUUUUUUCCCGGAAUUACGCCGUUAUUUGAAUCUCCAAAGUUUUUGGCGACUGUUCAUGAUUUCUCUGCCAGAAUAACGGGACCAAUAUUUCAUUUAUUUCUUGGUUAGAGUCGUUGUUCGUCAAGUCCUUGCCCUGAUAACGCCACAUGUGUUUCCCUCACGGAGACAACUUUCCAGUGUCUGUGUCCACCAGGAUUUACCGGGAACAGCUGUGAAACGGGUAUGCUAAGCAAACCAAGCAAUUUAAUGUCACCUCGUGAAUUAAGACGCGAUUGUUUUUAGUUUUGCAUUUUAUUGCAUGAAUUGAUUGAGAGGAUAGAGCAAGAAUUCAUGACCAAUCAACGAGGUAAAGAAAAUUCAAAGCAACUCAGGAUCACUUUCGAUGCUUGACCCAACUGACCUUCCUGAGCUGAUUGUCCCCGUCACUCAUUUGAAAGUUGCUCUUUGCUGCAGACAUAGACGAGUGUGAAACUAACCAGUUCAACUGCCCGGUGAACGGGGAGUGCGUUAACACUGCGGGCUCAUAUGUAUGCAAUUGUGUCAGCGGUGUGAUCGAUGGCGUAGGAGUCUGCCAACUUAUGACAGGUAAGCUAGUGGGAAACGUCGGCGAGAUAGUAUGAUGCCUUAAGCAACGCGAGCCGGCGGGAGGUCUGUAAGGGACUUCAUUUUUAACGUAAUACAAGCUACAACCUGAGGAGCUCCGAGAACAAAAUUGCCACUAACGAAUUCAUUUUAAAAUAUUUUUAGUUAUAAAGGCCCCACGUUGUGGAAUAGCCAUCCUUGCGAGGCUGGGUGCGCAGAAUCCCUCGGGUCGUUCAAACGAGAAAUCAAUAAAGCUCUCUAAGGCUCGGUGAUAUAGUAUAAUUAAUAUAAUUAAUAGUUAACAGCUUUUAAUCCUUUGUAAAUAGCUGGUAGAUUGCCUGUGAAUUGUCAGACCUCCGGCUAACCUCAUCCCGACUCGUUUCAAAUCUUCCCAUGGGCGAGAAAAGCGUGUCCUAUAUCGCUAAUAACAAGGCCUGGUAUCUAACUUCUUUUUUUUUUCUCUCUCUUUCAAAGGAACUGAUUGCAAGGAGAUCAAGACCACAUUCCCGAGUGCUCCAGAUGGGAUGUACGAAAUACAACCGAACAUCAGGAACAGCAAAUUCUGGGCGUAUUGUGAUAUGACGUCAUUUGGAGGAGGAUGGACGAUGUGUUACUCUACUGACGAUCUUGCUGACCCUAAAACAGAAGUGACCUAUGACGAGAAUUAUCGCUAUGGCGUAGAUGGUUACCGAACUGACUGCAAUAAUGUUCAGGUGAUUAAGAGAGGUUGAAGUGCAAGAGUUAAUUUUGAGGAAUAAUGAUGUUUGGCAAAUCCCGGCUUAGGUCUUUGUCAUAUUUCAGGCGCCAUAAUGAGUAAUCAGCCUGAUAAAUAGCUUAUAAACACUCUCUUGCCCUCAUGUUAUGCUUGCGAGGUUCUUAAUCGUUUUUUUUUUUCUGGAAAUAUUUUAUAUUUUCACUGGGAGUUUUAUCUUUUACAUUCAAUAUUUAUGUUUUUAACCAACUCUGUACCAUACUGUAGAUGAGGACUGACAGUGAUCUCCGCUGGAAUGCCAAAUUUACUACAAGAAUUUCAGUACCUUCUGUACUGUGCUUCAUUUGGUCUGGUAAUCAUAAUUUGAACAUGAGUCACUGUUUCCUAAAUUUGAUGACCACAUUCUCAAAAUAAGAACCUGUUCUUUUUUGGAAUGCUGAACUAUUUCUUAUCACCGGAAUGGUGCUUUUUUCAUCAAGUUUUAGUCUGAAGAUUCUUAAUCUAAUUGUUCUUGUUCUCUUAACCUAGUCAUGUUAUUCAACACGACAGUCUUUUUCACUGUUUUUUUUUUUUUUUUUGCUUGCAGUUUCGGGAAAUUCUCUUUGUGGAUGAGACCACGAAUGAAAAGGCUUUCUUUACCUAUAAACUUAAUUCCAGCCUCGUCGCAAAGGGAAAUUACCAGAAACAAAUCUCCGGCCUGUGGCUAGGUGGAGGUGUAGCUACCACAAGUCAUGAAUACCAGCUUCUUAUCUGCAACCACAGCUUCUACUCUGGCUUUUUCAUAUCUGGCUAUACAAACUGCUAUAAAGGGUGCAUUCAUUGGUGUGGUGAUUGGCUCACUCCUUACUUCCGGUCAGCGUCCACUAAUCCAAAGUAUGCCGGAGUCGCCUUUAACGUCAAUGGACAUCGGUCGCGAAGCAGCAGACUGAUGAGUGUUGGACUGAGAUAA